AUGUCUCCGCAAUCCAUACGAGAGUUAUCCCUACCGCUGUCCAUAGCGCUCUCAUUAGCGUCUCUGGGACUAGGCUACGUCCUCGGAACUCUCAAAUCCCAACCACAACCCCCAUCUGCCCCAGGUCCCUCAGACCCAACCUCAUCAACGACGCUCACCUCCUCAACCACAAGCCAAACAGCACCAACCCCCGGUCCAACCGCGGCUUCAACACCAAGCUCAAGUUGGAUCAUAGAAGACGAUACAGACGACGAAGAUGAGACCCUCGCAGACGGUGAUCUGUCCGCUAUAAAAGCUGGACUUACCGAGCACUGUAAAAUGGUCCUCGUCGUGCGAACAGACCUGGGGAUGUCCACAGGGAAGAUAGCCGCUCAAUGCGGCCACCCCAGACACGCGACACUAGCAUGCUACAAAGCACUCAUCAAAACCAACCCCGGACUGGUCAGACACUGGGAACGAACAGGCCAAGCUAAAAUCGCGCUAAAAGCCAGCUCCGAAGACCAACUCCUCGAACUAGAGGCAAUCGCUAAAAGCCUCAACUUGUGUGCUCGAAGCAUCCUCGACGCCGGCCGAACCCAAAUCGCAGCAGGCUCACGAACCGUCCUCGCCAUCGGCCCAGCUCCCAUCCCGAUUAUUAACCAAGUUACAGGCCACCUCCGGCUCUUGUAAUUGACAAAGUUUAGAAUCUGAAGGGGAGCUUCGGAAUACGUAGGCCGGCCCAUACGUUCUACCCUUUCUAGACCCCACAUCUACUUACCGAGUGUAAUACCCAACCGUCGAUGUAUCGGUGUCGCUACACUA